CACCUGGCAGAGCUGCAGGCACGCCAGAGCUGCCUCGAUGCUGUGCCCCUCAAGGUCUUGCUGAUCGCGUUUGGGUGUCAGGAUGGAGCUGUUCAGUGGCUUCAGGAGACUAAGUGCCCCUAUGACAUGUUGCUGGAUCCCAGUCGGCAGGUGAUUUGUACUUUCUGCAGCAGGGCAGUAGUUGUAUCAUGCGUUUGGAUUGGGAGUGUCCAUUCAGAAGGUCUGGAAUAUCGAUAUGAUUACUUAUUAUGCUGAACAAAUAGUCAGCAAUCGGCUCUUACCAAAGAAAACCCACCCCGAUGAUGUGCACCAGCUUGGUGGUGACUUUGGAUUGAAUCAACAAGGGACCAUCAUUUUCUUCCACCCAUGUGCCAACCCAACUGAUCGACCUGGCGUGGUUGAAAUACUGAAAGCCAUGAGAUAAAGUUGUUUGUGUAGAGUCACAAGAAGCUGCAGGAAGGGAAAAAUUUUUAGCUGUAGUUUUAGUAAUCUUGAUUCUAUAUUCCUGUUCUUUGCUAAACUAAUCCUUACAAGACAACAUAACAUGCAAAUGAUAAGUGACAAGCCUAAUGCCUUAAUACAACAAGAGUUCUGCUUUCUCCAUUGACUUGUUUGGCUCUAAGUGGGAACGGGAGCUCCACAGAUAUUCAAGAGAAGAUUGUGUGUCGAACUGGACGUAGAGCAUUAAAGCACAGUGCAGGUUAAUCUGACCACCAUGUUGUAACAACCCUUUAACCCAUUCUAAAAUCGAUCCAACCCCUCCCUUCCCCAUAACCCUCCGAUUUUCUAUCAUUCACAUGCCUAUCCUAGAGAUUCUUAAAUGUCUCUAAUGUAUCUGCCUCUGCCACCACCCCUGGUGGGGCAUUUCAUGCACCCACCACUCUCUGUGUUAGAGAACUUGUCUCUGACAUCCCCCAAUACUUUCCCCCAAUCACCUUAAAAUUAUGCUCCCUCAUAUUAGCCAUUUUCACCUUGGGGAAAAGUCUCUGGCUACUCAAUCUAUGCAUCUUUUCACUUCGUACACCUCUAUCAAUUUAUCUGUCAUCCUCCAUUCCUCCCGAGAGAAGGGCCCUAGUUUGGUUCGACCUAUCCUCAUAACAGGUUUGGAUUGACUUUGCUUCCUCAGUAACUGGGCAAGGAGGAUCACCUGCUCACAGGCUAUGGUGGAAUAUCAGUUGGGUGUUUUUGGUGCAGUGAGGUUGGGGUUGGCAAGGCAAAAUCACACAUCCGGAGUGAUCAUCUGACCCUUAAUGUGGAAUGGCUGGGAUGAAUUGGAAUGAAGUAUCACACCUAAAAUGCUGGAGAAACUCAGCCAGCCAGGCAGCAUUUUGGGUGUUACUCCAAUUUCCAGCAUCUGCAGAUCUUCUCUUGUUUGUGAAGUAUCUUCAGAAUAGUUCUUCUGUAUUAUACCUAAAGGUUUUAAGAGGAAGAGAUAUACUUCCAGAAAAAUAAAUGUAGAACAUGAUAGUCUUAGAAGCAGAUCCUUCAGCUCAUCUAGUCAGUACUGAACUCUUUCUGCCUGGACCCAUGUACCCACACCCAAACCUCCCUCAUCCAAGUUACUCUUCGAUGCUACAAUUGAACCCCCAUCCACACUCAUGCCACCCUCUGGAUGAAGACGUUCUCCCUCAGGUUUCCCUUAAGUAUUUCACCUUUCACCCUUAACCUAUGACCUAUUCUCUCUGUGCGCUAGAAUCUCACAGGGAAAGGAUGAGUUAAAUUUUCUUUCGAUUAGCCUUGAGAAGUUUGGUUAUUUUUUUCCAUCUUGUUGUGGUUAGGAUGUGAGUGUUUGGUGGGAGGUAGAGAGCAAUGAGAAGGGGUCGGGUCUCAGCCUGUUUUAUGUGAAUGACAGUGGUACUAUCACUCAGAUUAUCUGAAUGGCACCACUCGAUGUGACCAUAGAACAGACAGAGGCCUCACCUCUAAACAGAGCAUCAUCUUGAAAGUGCACAGGUUGUGAAGGAUGGAAUUAUUUUUUAAAAUGAAAAUCGAAUACAAUGGAUUUGGGUGCAACAAACCAACCUCUGUAAUGGUCAAGGCAAUAAACACCUUUGUACGGGACAAAAAUGUGGCUCAUUCACUAGUUUGUAUUUAAAACCAUUCAUUUCGGACGUGGAGGUCUCUCCCCACUCCGCCCCAUCUCUCACUCUGUUGUUUUCCCUCUCAUGCCCACACAUCUCUCCUCUCUCUCGCAGGUACACAGCUCCCAGUGAUACUGUGGUACCUACCAGCACAACACUCAAUAGCUUGACUAUCAGGCUCUUUAAGCUCUGAUGGGAUACCAGAGGGUUUGAAAGUAGAUAAGUCCCUUGGUCCUGAUGGGAUGUGUCCAGGAUGCUGAAGGAAUUGGCAGAGGUUAUAGCAGACGCAUUGGUAAUCAUUUAUCAAAACUCUCUAGACUCUGGGCAGGUCCUGGCGGAUUGGAAGACAGCAAAUGUCACGCCACUUCUUAAAAAAAGAUGUAGGCAAAAGACGGGCAACUUAUAGGCCAAUUAGCUUAACAUCUGUAGUCAGGAAAAUGCUUGAAGCUGUCAUUAAGGAAGAAGUGGUGAAACAUUUAGAAAGGAGUGGUUUAGAAACAUUUAAAGGUUCCAUUAGACAGACGCUGCAUGGAUUCAGAAAGGGCAGGUCCUGUUUGACAAACUUACUGGAGUUCUUUGAGGACAUAAUGAGUGCAGUGGAUAGAAGAGAACAGGUGGAUGUCAUAUAUUUGGAUUUCCAGAAAGCAUUCGAUAAGAGACUUGUAAAAAAGAUAUGGAUUCAUGGAGUCAGAGCAAGUGUAUUAGCGUGGAUAGUGGAUUAGUUAACCGAUAGAAGGCAGAGAGUUGGCAUAAAUGGGUGUUUCUCUGGUUGGCAGUCAGUGGUGAGUGGGUGCUGCAGGGGUCGGUGCAGCUGUUUACAAUUUACAUUGAUGAUUUGGAAGAGGGGACUGAGCGUAGCGUAGCAAAAUUUGCUCAUGACACUAAACUGAGUGAAAAAGCAAAUUGUGCAAAGGAUGUGGAGAGUCUGCAGAGGGAUACAGAUAGGUUAAGUGAGUGGGCCAAAGUCUGGCAGAUGGAAUACAAUGUUGGUAAAUGUGAGAUCAUCCACUUGGGAAGGAAUAAUAGAAGAGCAGAUUAUUAUUUAAAUGGUGAAAGAUUGCAGCAUGCUGUUGUGCAGAGGGACUUGGGAAUGCUUGUGCAUGAAUCGCGAAAAGUUGGCCUUCAUUGCUAGAGGGAUUGAAUUCAAGAGCAGGGAGGUCAUGCUGCAACUAUACAGGGUACUGGUGAGGCCGCACCUGGAGUACUGUGUGCAGUUCUGGUCUCCAUACUUGAAGGAUAUACUGGCUUUGGAGGCAGUGCAGAGGAGGUUCACCAGGGAUGAAGGGGAGACUGAGUCGCCUGGGACUAUACUCUCUGGAUUUCAGAAGACUUGAGAAGGGAUCUUAUAGAAACAUGCAAAAUUUUGAAAGGGAUAGAUAAGAUAGAAGUAGGAAAGUUGUUUCCAUUGGUAGGUGAGACUAGAACUAGGGGACAUUGCCUCAAGAUUCAGGGGAGAAGAUUUAGGAUGGAGAUGAGGAGAAACUUUUUCCCAGAGAGUGGUGAAUCUGUGGAAUUCUCUGCCCAGGGAAGCAGUUGAGGCUUCUUCAAUAAAUAUAUUUAAGAAACAGUUAAAUAGAUUUUUACAUAGUAGGGGAAUUAAGAUUUAUGGGGGAAAGGCAGGUAUAAGGAGCUGAGUUUAUGGACAGAUCAGCCAUGAUCUUAUUGAAUGGUGGGGUAGGCUCGAUGGGCCGGAUGGCCUACUCCUCGUAUUUCUUAUGUGUGUGUAUCUAGAGGUUGAAAAUAUUAUGACAGGCACCAAUUCAAUCACAACGGGACAGGAGAAAAAUCUUUACUUUGAGGUGAGUGCUAUCACAGUGGUGGGGGCAAAUAGCAAAGACGUGUUUAAGAGAACAGAAUAUUUUUGUCCAUCCUGAGCUUUGUAUUUAAAAUUUCCACCGGAAAGUCCAAAAUAGAAAUUAUCCUCGAAACAUCCCAGUCCGUGGGAUGAGUUAAAGUGUGUCUAAUACAAGAAAGUAUCCGGAAGGGUAAUGAACUUACUUAGUGGGACUACGAUGUUGCCAAUACAGAGACUUGCCUGUCACACGGGCAGCGAUGGGAGCUGGAUGUUUCAGGGUUCAGAUGUGGGGAGUGGCAUUGCUAUCACAGCUACAGUUUGGAAUCAAAUGACCUUGUCUAGUCUCACCGACGAGAAGACCGCAGCGGGAGUACCGGAUACAAAUUCUCAAAGAAAUAACCCGAGUCCCGGUUCUAUAGGUCUCGGCUCGAAACGCCAACUGUUUACUCCCGACCGCAGAUGCUGCCUGACCAGCCGAGUCCCAACCGGUCUGUGUGGAGCUUGGAGAAUCCAGAUCAGUUGGAAGGGGGAUGCCCCGAACAUUGAUGAAAUGUGAUCUCCCCGAGUCUCCGGUUAUUUUGGGUGCGCGGCCGAGCUUCCCUCUCAGCUCAUUGGCCGUGGAGCGGGUUCAGUGAGGAGGGCGGCGCUGGAGUGACCCUUCAGCCCGCGUUGAACUCGCCAUGCUGCUGCGGUUCGGGGUGGUGGUGAGGCUGGCCGACCGCGAUGCCCAGCUGUUCGUGUGCGGGUCGAGGCCGGAGCUGGGGCACUGGGACCCGCAGCGAGCGGUGCCGAUGCAGCCGGCGAGCAGCGCGGUGAACGAGCCCUCCUUCUGGCUUGGCGAGGUGAUGCUGCAGGAGCGCUGCGCCGACAGGUUCUGGUUCAAAUUCGGCAAGCGGACCCGCGGCCAGUUCAUCUGGGAAGGAAGUGGGCCGCAUCACGAUCGGUGCUGCGAGUACGACGAAAACAACUUGGUGGAUGAUGUUUACUAUCACCCAGUCGGACAUUACAUUGAGGAAAGUGGGUGUACUAACGAGAUGAAGCAUACCACUGACUUCUACUUCCACAUUGCUGGCCACCAGGCCAUGCACUACUCCAGGAUUCUGCCCAGGAUUUGGCUUGGUAGUUGUCCGCGACAGUUAGAGCAUGUGACCGUCAAACUUAAACACGAAUUGGGGGUGACUGCAGUUAUGAAUUUUCAAACGGAAUGGGAUGUUGUGCAGAAUUCGGCUGGAUGUAACCGCAAACCUGAACCAAUGAGACCCGAAUUCAUGAUGGAAUUGUACAAAGAUGCUGACAUUGUCUAUGUGUGGAUGCCAACUCCAGAUAUGAGUACAGAAGGCAGGGUGAAGAUGCUCCCUCAGGCAGUUUACUUGCUGCAUGGUUUGCUAGAGAAUGGCCACACUGUGUAUGUACAUUGUAACGCAGGGGUAGGAAGAUCGACUGCCACUGUAUGUGGGUUCCUGAUGUACAUCACCGGAUGGAGUCUAAGAAAGGUCCAAUAUUUUGUGACUUCCAAGCGACCUGCAGUUUACAUCGAUGAAGAGGCUUUGAUCCAUGCCAAGAAUGAAUUUCAUCAAAAAUUUGGACAUAUUCGUUCUUCUGUGUGUCACAAUUGUUAAGAGUACAAUUAUACCUGGGAAGAACUACCCUUUGAAGGAUACAAGUUGUUUCUUGCUUUUAAAUGAAUGGCUUUUUUAUGUUUAUUUUAGGACAGCACAACAUGAACAAAUAAUCCCUUGCAAAAAUUCAGGUAACUUUAAAAUGUGCAUGCUAUUUAGUUCUGAAACACUUUGGUGUAGUUUUAAGAAUAGAUGGUGAUUGCAAGCAGGCUGUGAUUAUUGACCUGGGAUGUUGGAUGGAAACUGCUUAUUGAUAACAAACUCCAGAAUUAUUAUUGUUUAGUUACCUACAAAUAUCAAGAUAACCUCUGGGCCACAUAUUAUUCCCGGAAUGAAGUCCUGCUUGAUAACAAAUUGUUAGGAUCUUUUUUUUAAUAAACUGAUCCCCAUUAGAAAAAUGAUGACGUCAACGCAAGCCUGAGAGGUCAGUGUCGGGCAUUUUCACGCCUUACAAGGCAUGGAACAAAAGACUGUGUGGUGCGCCACUCCUCACACAGACAUUUGGCAGUAUUGUUCUUUAUUUAAUGAGGUUGAGUUGUGAGUUCAACACUCAACCCAGCUUGGAUUGAGAGCAAGACAUUGGUUGUGCUACCAGGAUGCUGCUUAGUUUAAGAAACAAACAUAACAGAAGACAACAUAGAUUAAUUAUCCAUGAUACCAGAUGCUUAGGAGUUAAGACUCUAAAACAUAUGAUCUAUUUCUGCUCCUUUGACCCAUCGAGUCUGCUAUGCCAUUCAAUAGACUCCAUUCUCCUGCCUUGUCCCCAUAACCUUUGACAUCCUGGCUAAUCAAGAACAUAUCAACCUUCGCUAUACUCAAUGACUUGAUCUCCACAGCCAUCUUUGCAAAGAAUUUCACAGAUUUACCAACCAUUGGCUAAAGAAAUUCUUCCUCAUCUCUGUUCUAAAAUAACGUCCUUCUAUUCCAAGACUGUGCUCUCUGGUACUAGACCCCCCCACUAUAGGAAACAUUCUCUCCAUAUUCACUAUUUAUGCCUUUCAUUAUUUGAUAGGUUUCAAUGAGACCCUUCUAAACUCCAGCAAGUACAGGCCCAGAGCCAUCAAGCACUCUAUACAAUAAGCCUCAACCCAAUUACUUGACAAACUUUUCUUUUUGUUAUCGCUUAUUCAUCUCCUUACUUUUCAGAUAUAUUUAUGUCAUUCAUUUUAACUACUUGAGAUAUCAUGUUCUACAUUGUUACCAGCUUUCUUUUUAAAGAAAGAACUCACCAAUGAUAACCAUUUCAUCUUGUUUUCAAAUUUCUCCAUGGCUUUAUACCCAAGUUAAAACAGCCUUAUUCAUGCCCUGUAUUCCAGCUGCUGCUUAGAUAGCAAUUUUGUCAGGAAUAUGGGAGGAGGAAUGGCUUUGUUCAUCCUCUUCGCCAGAGUACAAUGGGAAAAGUAGUAAAUCAAAUCUUUUAAACUGUGCAGCAUUGUGACAAUAUGCUACUGCUAUAUCACACUAAUUAUACUAAUUUUAAUGAGAAUUUCCAGAUCAUUGUUGAUCUUGAAUUCAAAUAUCAAGUCAAAUUAAAAAUCAAAAUGGACUGAAUCAUCCUGAUAUGCCAAAAACAAAAUAGGCUGCUCAGUGAACAUUAAAACCAUGGUACUUAAAUAUAGUGCAUUAACAGCUUAGACGCAGUUCAUUGAAAUAAAAGUAGAUUGUAUUUGUUUCGACUCUUAUGUAUAAUCAAUAACUGACCAUAUGCAAUGGAGAAGAUGUGUUCAUUUUCAACAACUCUUAAGUUUAGUUUUAAUUUAAGUUAAAGUUAAUUUGUUGCCAAAACAAACGAUUCUGUUAGAACUAUGAAGCCUCAAAUCCGGCCCAUUGAGCUACAAAGGUAGCUGGUAUACGGCUGAUUUUUGAACCAAUUUUUGUUUCCAAUUCAACCUUUAGUAUGUUACCAUAAGACAUGGGAGCAGAAUUAGGCUAUUUGGCUAGAGUCUGCACUACCAUUCAAUCAUGGUUGAUUUAUUAAUCCUCUCAACCUCAUUCUCCUGCCUUCCUCCACUUUAAAUAUACCCAUUAUUUUCCCUCAAUUAAAAAAUGGCAUUUUUGAUCUAUUAUGCCUGUCAAUCCUUGGCUAAUCAAUAUGACAAAUUGGACUUAAGUAACUGCUUUAACCAGGGAACACAGCAAAAGGUGCAUAAAAAUUUGCGCAGGCAUAAAAGAUAGGAUAAUAGCUAGUUUCUUGAAAGGGGAGGGAAGUUAGGAGGUGAAUUCCAGAGCACAGGAUGUCAACAGAUGGCGGUGUAACCAACAGUAGGGGAUCAAUGAUAACAGGCAAGUUUCAAAGAGCCAAAGUUGAUGGAGCGCCAAGAGGCAAGUUGCACAGCUGCAGGAGAUACCAAAAUAGAAAAUGGUGUGAAAUAGAAUAGAAAAAGUCCAAAUAUUUUAAAAUUUAGUACCAAUCCUCGUGUUUCUCUUUAUCAAGAACAAAGUAAACUCCAGGUGACAAAAAAAUCAAACCUAUGGACAAAUCUGACAAAAAAUUAUCCUAGAAGUAAACAUUGUUCCCUACAGCAAUCAAAACAAUUCCUCUCAUUCUCCUUAAACGUUUUUAAAAUUAUGAGGGUAUUUUUAUUCUUUCAUUGUUAAAGAUCUUGAGUGACUAAUAUCAAGGUGCUGAAAUUCCUGGCAGCUUGUAACAGCUGCACAUCAGGUGCCUUCCCAAGUAUCAGGUGGUGAUAAUCAAAUGGACUAUUUUGCAAGUUAGGACACAGGCAGCAAUCUUUUUGGUUGAGAUCAUAUUUACUAAAACAGAGGCAAGUUAUAUUACAGAACUCAUUUAUAUUAAGACUUAGAACAGAAAGUACAAACCUACAAAAUGACAGACAGUUUUCAUUAGGCUUAAUCACACAGACACUUCGUAAUUAAUGUAAUACUUUUCCGCCUAUAACAACCUUCAUGUUUAUGAUUAUCAAUAGUGAAGUAAACUCCCAAAUGAGAGAAAAAUCAAAUAAACCAGGGGCAAAUCAGGAAAGGAUCUUAGAAGUUCCACUUGAUCCCUACAACAGUCAAAACAAAUUUUUGACAAGUUAUUACGUAAUACAAGAAACUCAUCUGUUACUUGUAAUCAACUGACAUCAGCACUUUCUAUCUAUUUGCAGCAAACCUAUGCACGCCAAAAGAACCAGCAUUUUGCUUAAUCGUCUGGAAUAAAAAGCUGCCAGUUAAGUUAGUUACGGUGUUAUUUCUUCCUCCAUGCCCUCUGACUCCUUUAUGGUUUAAUUCAAACCACAUUAUUUGCCAAGAUGGGUGGGUAAAAGAAUAUAUGGCUUUCACUGGUGUUCACGCUACAAAAAUUAAAAUGCAGAAAUUCUUCUGCACAUCUCAAACACAGGUGAAUUGUUAUCUUUAUCAGGGCAAGCAACAGCUCAGCAACGUACUUGGGACAAUGAUGGUUAGUUACAGGAUAGGUUAUUCAGAUAAGACCCCAAGUUGGUAAGGGAGACAAAUUAGUCUGAAGGAAUUUUUCAGUUUUAACUUUUCCAUUUUUUUCCCCACACUCAAAUCUCACAGCUGAAACUUCUGCCUAUUCUCAUAUUCCUAUUUUUUCUCAGCAGAAAUUUCAGCUUUUGGCUAGAAAGGGAUAUACCAUUGAAGGUGCUCACUACAAUGCUGUAAUUCAAUCUCAGCUUCCACUAACUUGCAUUCUAUUGUUUUAAUUGUGGAAAGAAAGAAAGAAAUUUUUAUUUGUAAAGUACCAGUCUAAUUUGUAUGCUCAAGAAAUGGAACUACAAUUACAUAGCUGAUACACGUUGAAUGUUCUAGGUGAUGCCAACUGAGGUUCUGUACCAGCUGGAAAUGUCAAUCUAAACCUUGAAACAUCUGGGUUUUCUGACCUCUAGUUAUUUCAAAACAUUCAUGGAACACACUGACUGACUACUUUUCCUCAUCAUUUGCUAUGGACUUCAACUCAUCUCUCAAAGAAAAAAAGAGCAUUAUGGAAUCAGAGUAAUUGACCACUGUUCAUUUCAAAACGUGCACCUUCAAAGAUCAAAAUAGGUUUCAAAGGGACAGAGGCAAUCCAAUAGCACAGCAGCCAAGCAAUCCACAUACAGUUUGGGCACCCUUAGUCAAAAUUUCUGUUACUGUGAAUAGUUAAGUGUGUAGAAGAUGGACUGAUCUCCAAAAGUCAAAGUUAAAGAUGAAACAUUCUUUUAAGCAAGAUGAGUGUAUUAUUUUUGUUUUGUACAAUUUUAGAGUGAAAAAAAGGAAAGGAGCACCAUGCAAAAAUUUUGACACCCCAAAAGAUUUGAGAUCUCAGAUAACUUUUACCAAGGUCUCAGACAUUAAUUAGCUUGUUCACAGUCAUCAUUAGGAAAGACCAGGUGAUGCAAAUUUCAGACCUUUAUAAAUACCCUGACUCUUUAAACCUUGUCCCAACAAUCUGCAGCCAUGGGCUCCUCCAAGCAGCUGCCUAGCACUCUGAAAAUUAAAAUAAAUGAUGCCCACAAGGCUAUAAGAAGAUAGCAAAGCGUUUUCAGGUAGCCGUUUUCUCAGUUCGUAAUGUAAUUAAGAAAUGGGAGUUAACAGGAAUGGUGGAGGUCAAGUUGAGGUCUGGAAGACCAAGAAAACAUUCCAAGAGAAAUGCUCGUAGGAUUGCUAGAAAGGCAAAUUAAUACCCCUGUUUGACUGCAAAAGACCUUCAGGAAGAUUUAACAGACUCUGGAGUGGUGGUGCACUUUUCUACUGUGCAGUCACACCUGCACAAAUAUGACCUUCAGGGAAGAGUCAUCAAAAGAAAACCUUCCUGCAUUCUCACCACAAAAUUCAGCAUCAGAAGUUUGCAAAAGAACAUCUAAACAAGCCUGAUGCAUUUUGGAAACAAGUCCUGUGGAUUGAUGAAGUUAAAAUAGAACUUUUUGGCCGCAAUGAGCAAAGAAAUGAUUGGAGAAGAAGGGGUGCAGAAUUUCAUGAAAAGAACUCCUCUCCAACUAUUAAGCAUGGGGGUGGAUCGAUCAUGUUUUGGGCUUGUGUUGCAGCCAAUGGCAUGGGGAACAUUUCAUGGGUAGAGGGAAGAAUGAAUUCAAUUCCAGCAAAUUCUGGAAGCAAACAUAACACCAUCAGUAAAAAAGCUGAAAAUGAGAAGAGGAUGGCUUCUACAACAGGAUAAUGAUCCUAAACACACCUCAAGAUCCACAAUGUACUACCUCAAGAGGCGCAAGCUGAAGGUUUUGCCAUGGCCCUCACAGUCGCCUGACCUAAACAUCAUCGAAAAUCUGUGGAUAGACCUCUAGAGAGCAGUACAUGCCAGAUGACCCAAGAAUCUCACAGAACUAGAAGCCUUUUGCAAGGAAGAAUGGGCGAAAAUCCCCCAAACAAGAAAUUAAAGACUGUUAUUAGCUGGCUACAUAAAGUGUAUACAAGCUGUGAUACUUGCCAAAGGGGGUGUUACUAAGUACUGACCAAACUUUUGUUUCGGGCCCUUUUCCUUUUUUGUUAUUUUGAAACUGUAAAAGAUAGAAAU